AUGCCAUCAUCUCUUUCCAUUGUUUCAUUUUUCACUGCAUUGUCAUCUUCGAGAAGUCCAAAUGCUAACGAAGUCUUCCUCAGCUACAGCUACAGCUACAGCUACACCAACAACAACAGCAGCAGCAACCACAACAGCAACAGCAGCACCAACAACAACAACAACAACAACAACAACAACAACAACAACAGCGACCUCCCCGGCAGCAGCAACACUGCCAUCACCACCAGCACCACCUCCACCAACACCACCACAUUUUCUACUUUCCCGACUCCCACCAGCCACAACUCAGUCAAAAUGGGUUGCACUAUGUCCACCAUGUCUCUGGAGGCUGCCCGCGAACGCUUUUUGGCUUGGGCGUACAGGCUGGUCAAAGGACCAAAGACCCGUCGUUUUUUCCAGGGCAGGCACCGAAGCCCAUACGACGAGGCCCCGCACCCAUUUCCGCAGGGGUGCCGCUUUGAGGGUCACGCAGACCCGAAAAUCGUCCGGUCGCCCCAAGGGACCGAUGAGAGGAAGGCGAACCUGCGCCGGGGCACGGUCAUGUGGGACCCCGAACUGCCAGAGCCGGCAUUCAAAUGCCUGACUCCGAUCCCCCCUGCGGCCGAGCGUGCUGUUCCCGGCUAUCUGCGAGCUGAGCGGCUCGGGAUUCCCCCGUGGGACGCUCCGCCGACUGAGUGCAUCAGGAUUUGCCUACCAGGGCCCGUCACACCCUGA